AUGAGGCUUCUACCACUGGCUUCCUUCAUUGCAUUCAUGAGCCAUCUGAUUUCGGUGUCUGCCGAGUACAAAUAUAUAUGUCCAUCCCGAACUAAAUUUACGACAGACAUAAUCAAUAUUUUACGGGACACCAUGCUCACUAACAGGAAUAUAGAUGGUCUUAUGACUUUCAAUACUUUUGGUCGAACUACUUUAAGCUACGUCUUUGACCAUCGGAUUAUUGAUGGCGUCUCACAUAACCAUGUGAUAAAGGUGCAAGUUGAAACUCGAUCGGCAAGUGUACAUGAGGAAAAAGAAGGACAUUUAGGCUUGUGUGAACUUAUAUUUGUGGUGGAUUAA